AUGCUGCGGGAGAGUGCGCAGACUGGGGAGUGUGCGCAGACUGGGGAGUGUGCGCAGACUGGGGAGUGUGCGCAGACUGGGGAGUGUGCGCAGACCAGGGAGUGUGCGCAGACUGGAGAGUAUGCGCAGACCAGGGAGUGUGCGCAGACAGGGGAGUAUGAAAAGACCGGAGAGUGUGCGCAGACUGGGGAGUGUGCGCAGACAGGGGAGUAUGAAAAGACUGGAGAGUGUGCGCAGACUGGGGAGUGUGUGCAGACCAGGGAGUGUGCGCAGACUGGAGAGUAUGCGCAGACCAGGGAGUGUGCGCAGACAGGGGAGUAUGAAAAGACUGGAGAGUGUGCGCAGACUGGAGAGUGUGCGCAGACUGGGGAGUGUGUGCAGACUGGGGAGUGUGCGCAGACUGGAGAGUAUGCGCAGACUGGAGAGUAUGCGCAGACCAGGGAGUGUGCGCAGACAGGGGAGUAUGAAAAGACUGGAGAGUGUGCGCAGACUGGAGAGUGUGCGCAGACUGGGGAGUGUGCGCAGACAGGGGAGUAUGAAAAGACCAGGGAUUGUGCGCAGACCAGCAGACAGAAAACGGAACAGUGGGGCUUGUCCCAUUCAGCGCUACAAAUACCCCUAUGCCCCAGGACAAUGAUGUGA